AGGCCCAUAUCAUGCAAUAUGUAAUCUCUCUCUUAAAAAUCAAGCCCAUCCGAGUCAAAAGGCUCCGAUGGCUUCGCUGUUCAUUAUCUGACAUACGACCGCUUCACGGAACGAAACGUGUCAAUAAAUGAAGGCGCGCAUAACCGCAAGAAGAAGUUCCAUCUCCGACACGUUGCGUAUCCAAACCACGAACACACACCCACUGUUUCUGUUUCUUUCUCUUAUUUUUUUUUUUUGUAGAAAAAAACAAUUGGCGUUUUCACGUUUUCGAAUCUGGAAAUCACUGUAGUAGAUUGCUGUUGAGUUAUCGAUUUGGUGUUUCUUCACCAAGGUGAUAUGGCGGAAAGUGAGAAGAGUCAUGUGGAUAAGGAGAUAAGAUCGUCUGUUUCGAGCUGCGAAGCCUAUUUCGAGAAAGUUCAGUCGAGGAAGAAUCUUCCCAAAUCUCUUCAAGAUACCCUAAACUCCGCCUUCGCCGGUAUCCCCGUCUCCUCCUUCCCUCAAGUUCCCGGCGGCAGAGUGAUUGAGAUUCCAGCGGAGACAUCUGUAUCAGAAGCAGUAAAGAUUCUAUCAGACAGCAAGAUCCUCUCAGCUCCUGUGAUUAACAAAGACCACGAGACCUCCCUAGACUGGAAGGAGAGGUACUCAGGAAUCAUCGACUACUCCUCAAUCAUCCUAUGGGUGCUGGAGAGCGCAGAGCUCGCCGCAAUCGCCUUAUCUGCCACGUCAGCGGCGGCUGCGGUCGGAGCUGCGGUCGCUGGCGGCGUUGCAGCUGACCGCGGGAUCGGGAAAGAUGCUCCGACCGCUGCUGAUAGCUUGGGGAAAGACUUCUAUCAAGUCAUUCUCCAAGAAGAACCGUUCAGAUCAACCACUGUUGGGACUAUACUUAAGUCUUUUAGAUACGCUCCUUUUCUUCCGGUGUCUACCGAGAGUUCAAUGCUGAGUGUUUUGCUGCUACUCUCUAAAUACCGGUUAAGAAAUGUACCGGUGAUUAAACCGGGAGAGCCGGAUAUCAAGAACUACAUUACUCAGUCUGCGGUUGUUCAUGGUCUUGAAGGCUGCAAAGGAAGAGAUUGGUUUGAUCACAUCUCCGCUCUUCCUAUCUCUGAUCUCGGCCUCCCUUUCAUGUCUCCCAGCGAGGUGAUUAGCAUUGAUAGCGAAGAGCUUAUUCUUGAAGCGUUCAAGAGGAUGAGAGACAACAACAUUGGUGGCCUUCCCGUUGUUGAAGGGGCGAACAAGAAGGUUAUUGGGAACAUAAGCAUGAGAGACAUUAGAUACUUGCUUCUACAACCUGAAGUCUUCUCCAACUUCAGGCAACUUACGGUGAAGACUUUCGCGGCGAAGAUUGCAACGGCGGGGGAUAAAUAUGGUUCAGCGAGUCUUGCGAUAACAUGCAGGCCUGAUUCGACUUUGGGGAGUGUUAUAAACAGUUUGGCUUCAAGGUCGGUGCAUAGGGUGUAUGUAGCGGAUGGAGAUGAGGAUGAGCUGUAUGGGGUUAUUACGCUGCGGGAUGUGAUCUCUUGUUUCGUGUCUGAACCUCCCAACUACUUUGAGAACUGUCUUGGCUUCUCGGUUAAAGAAGUGCUUAACCGAUGAUGACCAUCUCUUGUUUCUCAGUUUCUUGGUUUAGAUUCUGAAGUUGUUUGUUUUUAUAAUCUAAUUUGUAAGCCACUUUUAAAGUUUUAAAGUUUCUGUCUUAAAUGUUACAAAGCUUAAAUUGUGAA